AUGUCUUUCACGUUGUUCCCCUAUCGCUCAAUAGCGGCGCCGAAGAUGUACUUGGUUGAUUCUGACACUGGUCAGCCACUCAACAGGUCCAUGGAAAGUCUACAACUACCCUCUGCUUCAGCCAUCGCAGAUGCGGAAAUCAGGCGCGACAGGCGUGGGAAGCUCGUCAUGGUGCGCCACAAGGGCUCGAGUAUUAUCAACGGAGGUGGAAUUGUCGCUGGAACCGAAGUCAUCACAUUUGAGGACAUCAAGAAGAGUGUCAACAAGAUGAAGGAACAAGAGAGCGGCGAAGAGAAGAAGAGCGUCAAGGAUGAUGGCAAAUCAAAGAAAGAAGAGAAAGGUUCGAAAGAAGGCAAGCCUUCGAACGAUCAGAAGAAGGGCGGCAAAGACAAUGCGCAGAAGGCCGAGGGUAAGCCUGGCAACGACUUCACUCCUGAAGAGGAUGCAAAGUUGAGAGAGCUGAAAGAGCCGACUAGCAAGGGCGGCUCCAGAUCAUGGAAGGACAUCGCGGAGGAAAUGGGAAAGGGAGUGGACUGCUUGAAGGCGCGCUGGAAUGAGAUUAAGGACGCAGGUAAAGCUGGCGGAGGAGAGUCGAACGACAAGAAGGACAACGAGAAUAAGCCGCAGGAGCAGAAGAAAGGUGAGGGAAAGGGCAAAGGCAAGGGUAACAAAGGAGCGAAAGAGAAUGAAGAUGCUGGCAAGAACAACAACAAUGGUGGAGGUCAGCAAAAACUCGACAAGUUCGUUUUCACGGAGGCCGAAGACAGUGAGCUACGAGACCAGAUGCAAGCUGGAUCUACAUGGAAGAUUGUCGCAAAAGCGCUCAAGAAGCCGCAAGAAGCGUGCAAGAAGCGCUGGGAUGAGAUCGGUGGCGAUGCUGCAAAGGAGGAGCCCAAGAAAGAUGAACCGCCGAAGCAGGAGAAGACUACGAAUGCAGCUGAGAAGAAAGACAACGCUAAGAAAGAGCAUACAAAACAGGAGACCGCCAAGAAGCCAGCCAGCGUCGUCAAGAAGGCCUCUUCUAGGGCUGGCUCUGUGGCAGGAAGUGUUCGAAGCACUCGGUCGUCGGUCAAGUUCAGCAUCCGCGAAUGGCGAGCCCUCCAAGAGGACGACUUCUUCUCCUUCGAUGAGCUGCAACUGCUAUGCCAACUGAUAGGCAAGCAUGGCGAGGCGAGCUGGUUGGGCAUCGCGAGCGCAUUUCAUGACAAGACAGGCAGGAGAGUGCAUCCCGACGACAUCAGAGAGAAAUUUGAGGCUAUCGGAAAGACCUGCAUAUGA